GCUGCAUUACGACUCGAGUCAGGUCAGCGAGCGUCUGCUCACAGGUAAUUUUGAUGUCAAAGUGACAUUUUAGCUUUAAACCAAAGACAAAAUUCGUCGGAGAACAUUUGGGGGUUUAUCGGCGCAGUUGCAGACGUGACUAAAAAGUGAAUGCGGUUUCAAUGAGUUGAAAAUAACACAAAUAUCCGGGAUUUCCGGUGGGAAUAUACGGAAGAGAAGUGUUUUCUGCGCUACGUGGCCACCUGUGACAGCAGCAGCAGCUCGUAUUGACAGUUUGACAUGAUGGAGUUUGACAGAGAAGAACAUGGCAGCGAGAGGAUCGACAAAACCUGCGAGAACGGUAUUAACACCGAGACACGCGCGCCCGGCACUGAGGAAGACCACAAAUCGUGUGAGGAAAAUGAAGAACAUCAAAAGUCUUGGAGUUUGGAGAGAAACUGGGGUUUUACUUUAGAGGAGCUCUUCAGACUUGCGCUGAAAUUCUUUAAAGAGAUGAAUGGGAAAGCCUUCAACCCCACAUAUGAAGAAAACCUCCGUUUGGUUGCACUACAUAAGCAGAUCACUCUUGGACCUUAUAACCCAGAAGCAUGUCCAGAAAUUGGGUUUUUUGACGUGCUGGGAAAUGACAGAAGGAAAGAAUGGCUACGGCUUGGCAGCAUGGCUAAAGAAGACGCCAUGGAGGACUUUGUGAAGCUUCUGAACUCCUGUUGUGCUCUGUUUGCACCAUAUGUCACUUCACAUAAGAUUGAGAAGGAGGAGCAAGAGAAGAGACAAAGAGAAGAGGAGGAACGUCUCAGACUGGAGAGAGAAGAGCAGGAGCGACAGCGGCUGGAAGAAGAAGCACGACGCAGAGAAGAAGAAGAGAGGAGGAUAAAAGAGGAGGAACAGAGAAGAAAAGAAGAGGCAGAGAGGUUACAGAUAGAGCGGCAAAAACAGCAGAUCAUGGCUGUUUUGAACGCACAGACGACAGUGCAGUUUCAGCAAUAUGCCAAACAGCAGUAUCCAGACAAUCCAGACCAGCAGCAGUUACUUAUCAGACAGCUGCAGGAACAGCACUACCAACAAUACAUCCACCAUGCCCUCCGUCUACAGCAGAUGGCCUCACAGACGCAGCAGGAAGACUUAAAUGUGACUCAAAUCUCAGAAGCUCUUCCUGCUCUUGUCUCAAAUGAAGCAGUGCCCACCUUCAACCCCAACAGCCAAUCAAAAUCAUUAGAGGAUCAGGAACAACAGACAGACUCAAAAGCUUUCCAUUUGUUUGUAGAAGGGAAAUCAGAAGAAGUACCUGCCAUCAUUGCUCCGUCUAUGUGGACACGGCCUCAGAUUAAGGAGUUCAAGGAAAAGGUGUUGCACGACGAGGACUCAGUGAUCACAGUGGGCCGAGGGGAGGUGUUGACAGUACGGGUGCCCACUCAUCAGGAUGGCUCACACUUAUUUUGGGAAUUUGCCACCGAUCACUAUGACAUUGGUUUUGGGCUGUACUUUGAGUGGAAGGACUUGACCGUUCCAACAAUCACCAAUGAAGGAGAAUCUACUACUGACACUAAAGAAGGCACAGCACAAGCUGAACAAGAGAAACUGACAGAACAGGUCAGAUGUCCACUGGUAAGCGAGGUGGUUCCUGUUUCCCGUCGUGACAGCCACGAGGAAGUUUAUGCAGGCAGCCACCAAUAUCCUGGUGAGGGAACUCAUCUUCUGAAAUUUGACAAUUCUUACUCCCUCUGGAGGCCGAAGGUUGUCUAUUACAGAGUUUAUUACACCAGAUAAAUAUCACCAGACCAGGUGCUGCAUUCACUAUCCACCUUUGAGAAUAUUGAAAGUCUUGAUUCAACAGAGGCACAGUACUGUGCUGUUAAAAUAUGAAAUAUAAGAAAUAUGUUGUUUUCUUCUAAUGCAAAGGUAUUGGCAUUGUGUUCCCAUCUGUCUUUUCUACUGAAAGAUACACAAGUCCUGCUUUGGUGUCAUGAUCAAAAUUUUGGAAGUCCUGUUCUUUAGUAAUUUAUAUGUUUUUUCCAUGCAAGACAGUUUAUUUUUCCAAUAUCUUAUGUUUGUUAUGUUGAAUCAAUGAAGGAGUGGUGUAUACAUAUAUUUUUUAAUUGAUGUGAUUCAAGCACUUUAAACUUUGAAAAAUCAUUUAUGAAUUGCAAAACAGGUGAUAUUUCACCAAGUAGUGGCCAAAAGUGAUGUCCAGCCUAGGAAAAUUGACAUCUUCACCCUUUAUUCAAAUUAUUAAAAAUUUCUUAAAGAUUUUCAGGCACAUUGCGUAGUGCUUGGAGUCAAUUGUUUUAUUUGUGAUAAUGCAAUGAAACAUGCCAAAUUAUGCAGACAAUUUUUGGCCAGGCUGACAUACAAAGAAACUAUGAACAAAACAAGAGAUGAGAAUUGACAUUUUUUUUUUUUUUUGCAUAGUAAAAUAAAACCUGUUGCUGCAGUUUUUGCAAAAUAAUUUUGUCAGACAAAUACUUUAAACAAGUUUAAUAUUUAAAAUAUAUAAAAUAUUUUCCUCAUAUUUUGAUGGUUUAAUUGAACUUGUAGGGUCAUUAAAUACAAAUGCCCAAACUAAUACCCUUCGGAUAUCACUUUUCACCACUAUAUUUCUUUGGUUAAUAGGAUUUUUAAAUAUUGUUGUGUGGGUUUUUGAAUAGAUCAAGAUAAUGUAAUAAUUUUUACUUUUUAUAUUAAGGCCUAAUCUUAUGUAAACAUGAUUCUUUUCCGUUUAUAUGUUAAUUGAAACUGGAAGUUAGGAGGUUAUUAACCUCUUGAAAGUUAAAUGUUUGUUAUAUGUCUAUAUGUUUGCACAGAAAAACAUAUAUGCAUAAAAGCAAGUCAAGAACUAGUCUAGUUCCUAGUGACUUUGUUUGGCUUGGCUUUUAUCAUUCAUAUUAUUAUAUUUUGUGUAUUUGCUUGUCUUAAGCAGACAUGUCUAUCCUGAUGAUACUGAAGCAUUUAUGAAACUAUGCAGAUGCCACAAAAUUACACACUACAAAGAUGGAGACAUAUUAUGUUUAGACAUAGAUAAAGAGGUAAAAACUCUAAAUACAUUGUACUAACAGUUCAGAUAAUUGUUUUAGAAAUGUCAUUUAAUUCUUCAAGAAUUAUAAGUGGCAGCUAAUUUUAGUUAGGUGUAACCAUGUAACAUGGUGAGGGAUUUUUGUCUUUUUAUUUUUAAUUGUCCCUUUUUUUUGUGCAUAAAUAGUAUGAAACAAUUGUCCCAUUGAUAUCUGCAAGUGUUGAGUGUACUGAUGUGGGAGGUCCCACAAUGCAAUCUAAUUUUAACACUGUGAGAACUUUUUUUGUGUGAAAUAAAUGCUUUUAUACCCCA